AUGACGAUACAUAUCCUACGAAACGCCUUCAAGAGGCCAAUCAACGUUAACUUCUCUCAUUUGCAACGACGUUUCCAAUCUUCCAAAAAAGUAGAAGAGGCUAUCCCUGUUCCCAGCACCGUUGCGCCGUUACCACUAUGGCAACGUCUAGGACCGCUCACGACCGCUGCGAGGGCGUAUGCGCGGGCUCAGUCCAAGAACCCGUUACGAACUCAAGUUGUUACUGCGAUAACGAUAUAUAUCGCUGCGGAUUUAAGCGCGCAGUAUGUUGGCGACAAUGAAUAUGAUCCUAAGAGGACUCUGAGGAAUGCUGUUAUUGGAGGUGUUGCUGCGAUACCAAACUUUAAAUGGUUUAUUUUCCUUUCACACAACUUUAAUUACUCUUCACGAAUUCUCUCCAUCGCUACAAAAGUCGCCGUGGGUCAAAUCGUCUUUACACCAAUUUUCAACACUUAUUUCUUCGGCGCGCAGGCUUUGUUGUCUGGAGAAAACAUCUGGGGCACUAUCGAGCGUGUCAAGGAUACAGUGCCGACUAGUAUCAUCAACUCGUGCAAGUUAUGGCCCAUGGUCACAGCAUUCAGCUUUACGUUUCUGAGCAUUGACUGGCGGCCUUUGUUCCAUGGUGUUGUGGCGGUUGGGUGGCAAACGUAUCUGAGCUUUUUGAAUAGACAGGCUGAGAUGAAGGAGAGGUUGAGGCAUGAAGGGAAGACAGAGGAUGUCAAGACCGUGGGAUUUGCGGUGGCACAGGCUGCUUGA